AUGCCCACCUUCAUUUUCAGUAAAACAAAAGCUCUCUUAAAGGACAGAGACCCAAAGGGAAUCAACAAAUGUCUAAAGGUGACCUUUGAGGAUGUGAUAGCAGAGCCUGCGUCAGUGAGGAGCUUUGAUCAGGUGUGGCUGUGGAGUCAUGCUCUGUUUGAAGUACAGACUCGGCUUUACCGAGUAAUUUCCCUUCUGUUUGCCGUCCCAGUUGCGGCAGGCAUUUUCUUUGCUUUCCUCAGCUGUCUACAUUUCUGGGCUGUAGCUAGUGGGGUGAAAGGCCAUAACGAUUCUACGGGGCCCAAAGGAACAGGGUGGCCCACAACUAAUUCAAAACUGUAUUAUAUUAAUAGGCUGAUAAUUCACUGUGUGUAGUUCUUGGUCAUAAUAAACUAGCACUGGGCAAAGGUGCACAGCGUGUUGGACAUUGCCAUCUCCUCCUUCUGCAGAGGUUUUGGGGAAUUAGUUCAUUAGCACCUAUUUGGCAAAACAUUAAUCAAUGCACAGAACCAAGGAAAAUUUCC